CCGGAAGUGGCCGGCUGGGAUCAGCCUUUAAGAUGGCGUCUCCUCAGGGGGGCCAGAUUGCGAUCGCGAUGAGGCUUCGGAACCAGCUCCAGUCAGUGUACAAGAUGGACCCGCUACGGAACGAGGAGGAGGUUCGAGUGAAGAUCAAAGACUUGAAUGAACACAUUGUUUGCUGCCUAUGCGCCGGCUACUUCGUGGAUGCCACCACCAUCACAGAGUGUCUUCAUACUUUCUGCAAGAGUUGUAUUGUGAAGUACCUCCAAACUAGCAAGUACUGCCCCAUGUGCAACAUUAAGAUCCACGAGACACAGCCACUGCUCAACCUCAAACUGGACCGGGUCAUGCAGGACAUCGUGUAUAAGCUGGUGCCUGGCUUGCAAGACAGUGAAGAGAAACGGAUUCGGGAAUUCUACCAGUCCCGAGGUUUGGACCGGGUCACCCAGCCCACUGGGGAAGAGCCAGCACUGAGCAACCUCGGCCUCCCCUUCAGCAGCUUUGACCACUCUAAAGCCCACUACUAUCGCUAUGAUGAGCAGCUGAACCUGUGCCUGGAGCGGCUGAGUUCUGGCAAAGACAAGAAUAAAAGUGUCCUGCAGAACAAGUAUGUCCGAUGUUCUGUUAGAGCUGAGGUACGCCAUCUCCGGAGGGUCCUGUGUCACCGCUUGAUGCUAAACCCUCAGCAUGUGCAGCUCCUUUUUGACAAUGAAGUUCUCCCUGAUCACAUGACAAUGAAGCAGAUAUGGCUCUCCCGCUGGUUCGGCAAGCCAUCCCCUUUGCUUUUACAAUACAGUGUGAAAGAGAAGAGGAGGUAGGGGCCAAGCCCCCACCCCAUCCCACUCCCCUUCCCUCCCCAGAUAUUUAUGUGAAAUGAACUGCAGCUUUAUUUUUUGAAAUAAAAACUUUUAAAAAGCA